AUGGCUUUAUCACCUAUUCAAAGAGCAAACUUUGCAACCACAUCUCGCUUAGUAGCUUGCGCUAUUAAUGAACAUGUUGUUAAAGCUUUUUACCAGUUAAAUUAUGAUCAUUCUAAAUUAAUCGAUUCUUCGAUAAAUCACGGUGCUGUUUUCAUUUCACCAAUAAAUGAAAAUGUUUCGUCUAUCGACCACAAAAUUAUUAUUAUUAUUCCCAUGUUGUAUGAGCCGAUUCUCUCAAACCAUAAUGAGAAUAAUAAUUCAAAUCUGAUAGAAGUUAAAUUCAUAGAUCCCUGGGAUAUGGCUGCGCCAAUUUAUAAGAUUAAUUAUGAUUUUUGUCAAUUUUCAAAUGUUAAAGAUUUAGAAUCAUUCGUAAAUAAUUCUGAAAAUCAAGGUGAAGAAAUUUGUGCAACUGAAUUUAUGAGUAUAUUAAGCGCAUGGUUGAAUUUAGACAAUGAUAUUGUAAGCCCAAUAUACGAAGAGUUGGAAAAUUGUGUUAAAAAUCAAGAAUAUACGUUCAAAAACCCUCAGCCAAUUCCUUCCUUUCAUUCUUCGAGCAUGGAAUGGGAACAAAGUUUGAUAGAAGGCCACCCAUUUCAUCCAAUGCAUAAAUUACGAUAUUUUCCUCCACCAAUGCCAAAAAUAUCGCCUGGUGCUUAUGACUUUCGAAAACCAACUAUACGGUUUGUCGAAGUACCACGUGAUAAAGCGUAUUUACGCGGUCCUUGGGAAGAAAAAUUAAACCGUCUUAUAAAUGUAAUGUCGAAAAAACCAAUUUGUUCACCAAACAACUUACUCUAUCCAGUUCACGAAUUACAAUUAUCAAAUAUAUCAGCUAAGUUUCCUUACGUUAAAAUUCUUCCACCUGAGUAUUCAAUAAAAGCUAAUAGUCAAGCAUCCCUUCGAACUCUUGUGGUUCCAAAUAUUCCUGAUCUUGUGUUUAAAGUUUCUUUGGGUAUAAAAGUGACUUCAGCGUUACGUACAAUUUCGCCUUGGUCCACUCAUGGUGGUACAGAAUUUACACAUAAUAUUCUCGAAAAAUUACGUGUUGACAAGAAAAUAUUGAAAAUUACACCUGAAAUUGCUAGUGCAACCAUCAAUGAACAGGAUUUUGCUAUAGCAAAACAUUUAAGUUGUAUUAUACGUGAAGAUUUUAAUGAUCAAACUUCUGGAGGUGAGAAAGUAAUAAUUUGUGCUGCAUUAACUGAAAAGGAUGAAAAUGGAAUAAGUUUUGUCGAAAGAGUUUGGCGACUAGACACAGAAGAUAAACGUCUUAAAUUCUUUGAAAGAUAUUCUCAACUUCUAUUCGCUGCACUUUUGCCGCCAGCGUUAUAUAAUGGAGUUGCCUUUGAAUCGCACCAACAAAAUGUUCUUGCCAGGUUUGAUCCUUGUAGUGAACAACUAGUUGGUUUUGUAGUCAGGGAUUUUGGUGCUCUUAGGUUUCAUCAAGAUACGUUGUUUUCAAGUAUAGGGAUACGUGCUAAUUUGUUAAAAGAUAGUUCCAUAGAAGCCAAAGAUUUACUUGAGGUUUACACAUCGCUUUAUAACAAAUUAAUUUUAUGUCAUAUAUAUCGUUUAAUGCACGUGUUAAAUCUUCAUCAUUCUGGCGUUGGCUGGAAAAUUGUUCGAAAGCAUCUUUCAGAACUCAUUCCACGCGAUCAUUUACUGUGGAAUUUAUGGUUUGAAAAUAAAGAGAUCAGAUUAAAAUGUUUCUUACGCAUGAGAUUUGAAGGAUUAUACCGAGAUGCAAUAUUUAUACGAGCAGAGCCCUAA